UGGAGAUUGCAAAGGCCAAAGGGCCGGGGGAUUUCCUAAAUGGGUCAGACAAAAAAAAAUGAGUUAUACUUGGAAUGUAGCAUGUGAGGCUAUGAGGCUAGCACCCCCUGCUCAAAUGGGUUUCAAAGAGGCUUUAACCGACUUCACUUUUGCUGGUUUUUCAAUUCCUAAAGGGUGGAAGGCCUGUUGGAGUGUUCACUCAACUCACAAAGAUCCUGCCUGCUUCACGAAUCCGGAGGAAUUUGAUCCAACUAGGUUUGAAGGAAAUGGACCUACGCCAUACGCAUACGUACCCUUUGGGGGAGGGCAUCGAAUAUGUCCCGGGAAAGAGUAUGCUCGACUAGAGAUACUUGUAUUUAUCUAUAAUUUGGUGAAGAAGUUCGAAUGGAAAAUAUUAGUUCCAAAUGAGAGGAUAAUUUUUAAGCCAUCUCCAUCUCCAUCUCCUGAAAACGGUCUUCCGAUUCGUCUCAAGCCUCAUGAAACCAGUUGCACUUAGUAGCUCAAUCGUGCUUAUGUACCAUUAUCAUUGUGGGAGAUUUAAUCUUGUUUAUUUAUUCAAUUGGGGUUUGGUUGUAGAUAGGUUGAGAGACAAUUAUUUGGGAAGUGGGAAAGUUCAGGGUUGAGAGAAUUGUGUGGCUGAGAGUGUAUUGUGGUUCCUAUAAGUAUGUGUGUUUGUAUUGUGUGCAAUUUGUGGGAUAAGAGAGAGCAGAGAGGAGAGAGAUUGGAGCCCCCUAGGGGGUUUCCCCACCAGUGUUUGUGAGUGUGUGUGUGAAGAAAUAUGUGAGAGAUUGUGUGAGAAUGAGAUGUGUGUAUAUGCAGUUUGUAAUUUGUAUAUUUUGUGAAAGUUGAUUAAUGAAUUAGUUGUGAGGUGUGUUGU